AUGCCUCGUAUGAAGUCCUUCCGCCGUUCCCAGGCCGCCAGGAGGCGAGUGGAGGAGCAGCGGAUCGUCAUGCUGGGUCCCCAGCAGCCUCCUUGUGACACCCUUGCACGCCGUGGCACCGGCUGGCGCCACAAGGUGAGGAAGUGGCCGACCUCUGAGCUGACCGGCCGUCAGCACAAGUUGGUCCUUCCAGCUGAUGCCCCCGACAAGAAGUUGGUCCUUCUUGUCGGUGCCUCGCAUCUGCGAAGCUUCGCAGAUGGUGUGGUUCCGAUGCCGGAGGGGUCCCUGUCCUUCGCUGUCAUGUCGACGCCGGGGGCCUGUGCAGCUCAGUUGCGGACCGAGGUGCUGAACGCUACGGUACCUCGGGUCCCUGACUUGGUCUGUCUCAUGGCUCCUAGCAACAACUUGACAGCGAGCCGGACAGUGGACGAGGGCCGGGCCGACUUCGCCAGGCUCCUGUGCACGGUCUGCACACGCUGGCCUAAGGUGCUGGACAGCGUGGUGGCUGCACAGAGAGAGUGGAGGAGCACCGGAGCAGAAAAAGGCUGGCGAGUUGGUCGUUGCGGUGGAGAGCCCGGUGUAAAGCACCAGCACCUGAGAGCUGCGCAAGUGAUCGUCAUGGACUUCGUGCCGCGUUUGGUUGUGGAUGAGGACCUCCAGGCCCACUUCCGGAACGCGUUCAGCCAGGUCGCUGCACGCAUGGGUGUCCCGUACAUCCAUCUUGCGGACGACUUCCCCACGCGGCGUCUUGAGCUGUGGAGCAGAGACGGCAUCCACUUGAGUGACAGCGCUGGUAUGCGCAUCCUUCGGGAGUCACUGUGGAGGGCCGCUCUUCUGCAUCUGGCGACGCCGCCACCAGAGCCCAGGGUGUCUCCGAGGACCUCGCCAGGGACGCCUCGUCGCCUUCCACGAGUGGUCGUCAAGGGGGAGAUUGUCGUUCCUCGGCAAUCAGACCCCUUCGACUGGUCGCUCGUGGAACGGUGCAGAAAGAGGAGACGUUCCAGCGAGGAGGAGUCGUGCGGCGCGGGUCGAAGUGGGAAGCUCCAGCAGGCGCUGGAGGUGUCCUUCCCACUGAACCCGGUGCGGUUCAGCAGCGCGGUGAUGGAGGCGAUGGACAGGGUCGCUCCAUCUGAUCUCUCCAGCCCUGAGAUGUGCACUGCGCCAGCCGGCAAGAAGAAACCCCGCGUGGACCGUCAGCCCAAGGCCGCCACUUCCAAGAGGAGACGGGCUCGACAGCAGGUAAAGGCUGUUGUCGAGACUGCUCCUGUGGAAGUGGUCGUGACGCAGAGGGAGACUCCUGCUGCCUGCGUCACAGAGUCAUCGCUCCCCAGCCCCGUGGACGUGGUCGUGACGCAGAGGGAGACUCCGGCUGCCUGCGUCACAGAGUCAUCGCCCCCCAGCCCGAUGGAGGAAGACUUCCCUAGAUGCGUCAAAGGUAGGACAGAUUUUGAUUCUUCUAGUUUAGGUUCAGUGUGUUCGGACACUGAUGUUCCUACUGACCAUGAUGACUGUACAUCUGCUAAGGUUAAAUGGGUUAGGGGGACCUUCCAUCAGGGCAAUGGUAGAUUUAAAUACCCAGGGCGUCAGUGUAUGGCCAUAGCUUUAGCAAGCUUGGCUAAACACACAGUCAGUAGUGUGUUCUCGUGGCGGCGUCGUGAUUUGGAUCAUGUUCUCCAUCUAGGCGAUGACUUGUAUGCGUUCUUGCGUGAGAACAACAGGAUCGGUGGGACCUCUGAGUUCUUGUGUGUUCCUGAGUUGCCAGGACAACAUGUUUUUGACGGGCAGCAGUUUACGUUCGAUUAUGGUAGUGACUAUGUUAGUGGUGUGGUCAAUGUAGUUGAUGGAGAACUGGUUGAGGCUGGUUGUCACACCUCUCUCCUAAAUGGAUUGGAGAGGAUGCUUGAUAACUAUAGCACGUGCUUACUGACCCUGGGUUGUAAUACUUGCGCGGUUAUUAAUCAGAACGGUAGAUAUGCAGUUGUUGAUUCACACGCACGCAGCGCUGCUGGAUUGGUAGGUGUUUAUGGUAGAAGUAUAGUUGCGUAUUUUAGUUGUGUUAGAGACCUGCAUGAGUAUGUAUGCAAUCUGGCUGCAUCACUCAAUGCAAGUCAUGAAGCUUUUGAGAUCGCUGGUGUGCGUGUGUUUCACGUGGUGUUUAAUGAUGCUCCUGCAGCUGAUGCAGAUGUAGCAGUUGUUAGUGGUGAUGCUACUGCAGAUGAGGUCGUGUCUGUUAUUGUUAGUGGGGAGGCUCCUGCAGCUGAUGCAGAUGUUGUUAGUGGGGAGGCUCCUGCAGCUGAUGCAGAUGUUGUUAGUGGGGAGGCUCCUGCAGCUGAUGCAGAUGUUGUUAGUGGGGAUGCUCCUGCAGCUGAUGCAGAUGUUGUUAGUGGGGAUGCUCCUGCAGCUGAUGCAGAUGUUGUUAGUGGGGAUGCUUCUGCAGCUGAUGCAGAUGUUGUGUUUGUCGGUGAUGGGACGUGCAAACAGCUGCAGUUUGAUCCCCUUAGUAAGGAGGUUGCCCAGUUGGUUUGUAAACGGGUAAAUGUAGAGUUUGAGAAGGUUGAUGAGGUAGUGUCUGCAGGAGUUGGUUUGUUAGGGUCUCCUUGUAAGAAGGAGAACAUAGUGGCUGAUGGGAACUGUUUCUUUAGGGCAGUGUCUCUAGCUGUGAGUGGAACACAGAAGAGUCAUAGGAAGAUUAGACUCGCUGUUGUUAAGCAUCUAGAGAAGAAUGCAUCACAAUACAAUAGCAUUUUGAGAAGUGAGUAUUCUUCAGUGGCAGAUUAUGUUAGGGAGUCAAAGAUGAGCUAUGUUGGCAGCUGGGCAACAGAGGUGGAAAUUCAGGCAGCAGCAGAUUGUUUAGGAGUUAAUAUGUUUACAUUUUGUGAUGGUAGAUGGUUAGAAUAUAGCUGUAAGUUUAAUGGUUUGUCUAGACAGGGGAUUUAUUUGGAAAAUAGUAAUGGUAACCAUUAUGAAACAGUUGUUUGUGUUCAUGAGCCUCAUGAACGGAGUAGUUGUUAUGGUUUGUGUAAAGUCAAUAGCUCAGAUUCUAAAGUUUAUAAUGUGAGACGUCGUAGUGUACAGAGUUGUUCUUUGGAACGUGCAGAUUGUACAGGUGAAGAUAGUAGUUUUUCUAAAUAUUUGAUGAAGAAGAAGAAAUUUCAAAGGAAAACUGAAUAUCAGGAAAAUGUGUUGUUUAGGCAGAGAAUGAAGGAAAUUAGUAUUGAAAAGUAUAGGAAAAAUGUGUUGCAUAGGCAGAGAGUGAAGGAAAUUAGUAUUGGGAAGUAUAGGGACAAUGUGUUGCAUAGAGAGAGACUUAAAGCAAAGAGUGUAGGGAAGUAUAAGGAUAAUUUGUUGCAUAGAGAGAGACUUAAAGCAAAGAGUGUAGGGAAGUAUAAGGAUAAUUUGUUGCAUAGAGAGAGAGUUAAAGCAAAGAGUGUUGGGAAGUAUAAGGAUAAUUUGUUGCAUCAGGAGCAAGUUAAAGCAAAGAGUGUAGGAAAGUAUAGGGAAAAUGUGGUUCAUAGGCAGAGAGUGAAGGAAAUGAGUCGAAGAAAGUAUCAUGGGGACUCGGAGCAUAGAAUUCGUGUUGUAGAAGGUAAUAAGUUGAAGAUGGUAGACAUAAAAGAGAAACGGAAGCAGUUUGAUUUUGUGAUGGACCAGUUUUUGGAUAAGGUUAAAGAUGGUCCAGAUUUUGUGUGUUCAGUUUGUCAUAGGUUGUUGUUUAGACGGCAGGUUGUAAAUUGUAGGAAAGAGAAUUACAGCAAGAAUAAGGCAUUAGCUUCAUUAGCAGAUAAGUGUAUUAGUGAGGACUAUUUACACAAGUGUAGUAAGGACUGUGUAGUGCCGUGUCAGUGGUUAGAUUCAGCGAGAGGUCAGUUGUGGAUUUGUCACACGUGUCAUAGUAAGCUUAAUAAUGGUGUACUGCCACCUGAGAGUUCAGUUAAUAAUUUGAAACUCGAUCCUAUUCCACCGGAGUUGGCGUGUUUGAAUAGUUUAGAGCAGCAUUUGAUAGCGUUACACAUACCGUUUAUGAAGAUGUUGGCUCUGCCUAAGGGAGGUCAGAAUGGAGUGCAUGGUCCGGUGACAUGUGUUCCUGCCAACAUAGUGGAGACCAGUAAAUUGUUGCCGCGCUCCAAUAUGGAGGGAUCUUUGUUGCUUGUGAAGUUGAAGCGUAAGUUGACGUAUAAAGGUCAUUAUGAGUAUCAGUUUGUGGAUACUAUGCGCGUUAGGAAGGCUUUGCAGUUUUUAAAGGAUACAAACGUGUAUUAUAAAGACGUUGAUUUUAAUGAGGAGUGGCUAAAUGCAUUUCUUAGGGAAGAAGAUGAGGCAGUUGUUGAACCAGAGGUUAAUGUUAAUGCAGAAACUGGGGAAGAUGAAGAUGUUUCAGAUGAGCUUUUACAUGAUAGGCAGCAGCAUUGUAUGUUUCAGGACACGUGUUUUAUGCCUGUAGAUAUAGGUCAGGAAACAUUAGAUCAAUAUUAUGAGGGUGUGUUGAAUGUUGCGCCUGCAGAAGGUAACAAUCCUGUUAAGUUACUUUCUGAUCAGGAAAAUGAGGCUAAAUGUUUCCCAGUAUUGUUUCCUCUAGGUGGUAAGACGUAUCAUGACAGUAGGUCUAGUCGUUUAACGUUGUCUCGGUAUUUGAAUAAUAGGAUUUUGCAUGCUGACGGUAGGUUUUCUAGAAAUGUAGAGUAUAUAUUUUUCGGUCAGUACAUGUCUGAGGUUCAGCAGGUUGUGUCGAACGUGUCAAUCGCCCUGCGGAAAGGUAAGGGGCGUCCUUCUAAGAAGGUAGGUGGUCAAAGUGUAAGGGACUUAAUAAACGAUGAAGAGUCCAUGAAAAAGUUGUUGGAGUUUGAUGACGGGUAUCGUUUUCUGAAGCCGAUCCGAGGUACCCCGGCUUUUUGGCAGGAAGCCCAGCGUGGGUUAGUUGCGUCGGUCCGUCAGCUUGGUCUGCCUACUUGGUUUUGUUCAUUUUCUUCUGCAGAUUUGAGAUGGACUAAUUUACUAGGUAGCAUUUUGAAGCAGGAAGGUAGGACUCAGACUGCAGAAGAUUUAGAGUGGGCAGACAAGUGUGAGUUACUGCGUCGUAAUCCGGUCACUGCAGCGAGAAUGUUUGAUUAUCGCUGGCAUGUGUUUUUGAGGGAGGUCCUUAUGUCCCCCUCCAAUCCAAUUGGUAAAAUUGUCGAUUUCUUUUACAGGGUAGAAUUUCAGCAGCGCGGUUCACCACAUGUACAUUGCUUGUUUUGGAUCGAAAACGCACCUAAAAUUGAUGAAAACACGGACGAAGAGGUCGUGGAAUUUAUUGAUAAAUAUGUGACAUGCGAGUUACCGGCACAAGAUGAGACAUUAUUGGACAUUGUCACAUCUGUACAGCAACACUCAAAGCGACAUUCUAAAACUUGUAAAAAGAAAAACACGGCUUGUCGUUUCAAUUUUCCAAAAGUGCCAUCCACUCGUACAUUCAUUUCUCGUAGUCCAUCAGCGGAAGAACUAAAAAAUAAAUGUAAGUGUGAGGAAUCCGCAGCGUGUACAUGUGGUAAACGAAACAUGAAAAAACCAGAUCUCAUGAAAAGAGAUUACGCAGAAGAUAUAGUGGGACGUAUUAAGGCAGCUGUAUUAAAGGAAGAAAAUAGUAACCUCACUGUUGAGGAGUUGUGGCAGCGUUUAGGGAUUAGUCAAGCUACGUUUGAGGCUGCAUAUAAACGUAUCGCCAAAAAGACAACGGUUGUCUUGAAGAGGCAGGUUAAUGAAGUCUGGAUUAAUCAGUAUAGUAAGCCGCUGUUGAAAUGUUGGAAUGCCAAUUUAGAUGUCCAAUUUGUAGUAGACGCGUACGCUUGUAUUGUUUAUAUUAUUUCUUAUAUCUCUAAGGCAGAGAGAGACAUAGGAUUGUUGCUAGGGAACGCCCAGAGGGAAGCGUCAAAGGACGGGAACGUUAGUGCCAAAGAGGCUUUGAAAAGUUUAGGUAGUGUUUAUCUGCACAAUAGAGAUGUGAGUGCUCAGGAAGCUGUCUAUAGGUUAAGUGGCAUGCACCUGAAGGAAUUCUCUAGGAAGGUUGUAUUUAUACCUACAGGAGACAAUAUAGUUAAGAUGAGUCUUCCUAUAAGUAUAUUGAGGGAAAAGGCAGAGUCUUCAGAUUGUAAUGUAGAUGACAUCUGGAUGACUAGUAUAAUUGAUAGGUAUAAGAAUAGGCCUAGCGAUAGUACAUUUAAUGAUAUGUGUAUAGCCACAUUUGCGUCGGAGUAUCGUGUGUUAGCUAGAAAUGAGAAAUGUAAGGAUAAGAUUCAAUUGAAAAAUGAUUGCGGAUUUGUCGCUAAAAGAACAAAUACUGAACCUGCAGUAAUUAGAUAUGCGCGCUUUUCGGAGACUAAAACUCCAGAAUUAUUCUAUCAGAGUAUCCUGCAGUUGUUCUUGCCGUAUCGUUCUGAUAAGCAAUUAAAGCCAAAGAAAUUUGAUACAUACGGACAGUUUUAUAAAGAUGCGCGUGUUAGGUUUAGUGAUAGGACAAUGCAUUCGGUUAAGGAUGUCGUAGAUUUGAAUAGAGGCAAAUUUGAAAUUAAUGCCGACGAGUUGGACGAGAUCCUGGAAAAUAUAGCAAUAGAUGGUGUAGCAGAAGAUGCCUGGGGUGAAUUGUGCCCAGAGCAGGAAGUAGAGAGGUUAGAGUGUGUACAGGAAGAGGAAGAGAGAAAGAAAGGGCAGGUUUUAGAUGGUGAUGAUGAUGUUGAUCAUGAAAACGUCCCAGACUUAGCGGUGUGUAGGGAACAGGUGGUUCAUAUAGAGAAGAGGAAUAACAUUAUGUGUAGGACUGAUGGCUUGGCUCUUAUUAGGUCUUUAAAUGAGACUCAGCGGUGUGUUUUCUAUCAGGUGAGGCAGUGGUGUUUAGAUAGGGUUAGAGGGAAGAAGCCACAUCCCUUUCAUGUAUUUGUUACAGGUGGUGCAGGGACAGGAAAGAGCCAUUUAAUUAAAGCCAUUCAGUAUGAGGCUAUGAGGUUGUUGUCAACAGUCUGUCGUCAACCUGACAAUAUUUGUGUCUUGUUAACAGCUCCUACGGGGAUUGCUGCUUACAAUUUACAUGGAACAACCAUACAUCACACAUUUAGCAUUGGCAAAGAUGUUCGCCUUCCCUACGUACCUUUGGGUGAGGAAAAGGUGAACUCUUUGCGUGCUAAAUAUAGUGAUCUUCAAAUUUUAAUUAUAGAUGAAAUAUCGAUGGUUGAUCACAGACUGUUGACGUAUGUUCAUAGUAGGUUGAGACAGAUUAAACAGUCUGGUGAUUUGGCUCCGUUUGGGAACGUCUGUGUCAUAGCUGUAGGAGAUUUUUUCCAGUUGCCUCCAGUUAGAGGGAAACCUCUUUAUGAAGAGGAACUUGGAGUCAACCUGUGGUCGAACCUUUUUAAGGUUGUCGAGUUGACAGAAGUAGUUAGACAGAAAGAUGGUGAGUUUGCGUCGUUGUUAAAUCGCGUUAGAACUCGUUCAAAAGGGACGGCAAUGUUGAAUAGCGACAUUGAAAUAUUAAAGCGUUGUGAAACCGGUGAAGUCAGCUCAGCUUUACACAUUUUUCCGACGAAUAGACAAGUAAAUGAGCACAAUGAUGAAGAACUGUUGAAGACAUGUCCUGAGUAUGAGGAAAUAGAGGCUCAGGACUAUGUCAAUGAUAAAAAAACAGGUGAGUUAGUGUUGAAGAGUGGCCAUCACACAAAGACAUAUAACACGUGUUUAGCCCAAGUGUUGUCAUUAGGUAAGGGUGCACGUGUUAUGUUGUGUAAAAAUGUGGAUGUGUCAGAUGGUCUAGUUAAUGGUGUGUGUGGCUUUGUGACAGAUAUAGUUCAUUUAGACAAGAAAAAGUUUCCUCACAGAGUGUUUGUUAAAUUUGAUGAUGAUCAUGUUGGUGCUCAGAGGAGGAAACAGUGUGCAGGUAGUUUGUCAGUUGUAGCGGGUUCUAUCAGUAUUGAAGCAGAGGAAGAAAGGGUGACUAAAAAAGGUGGCAUGCGUCGUCAGUUUCCACUUAGACUUGCGUGGGCGUGUACUGUACAUAAGGUACAGGGUAUAACUGUUGAUAGUGCUGUGGUGUGUCUCAAGAAGGUGUUUUCUGCAGGUCAGGCGUAUGUGGCCUUAAGUCGUGUUAGAAGUUUGUCAGGGUUGGUGAUUCAAGACUUUGAUGAUAAGGCCAUUUAUUGUAAGGAUAAUAUUAAGGAUGCUAUGCAGAGUAUGCCCCAAUAUUUGAUAGGAAAUAACAUUAGGCACAAAUUGGAUACAAAUACAUUCAAUGUUUUUUUGAUGAAUGUACAAAAUCUAAGUAAACAUGUAUCAGAUUUGGCUUCAUGUACACAGCAUUUACAGCUUAACUGUAUUGCUGUGACAGAAACAUGGCUACCUGCUGCAUCUACAGAAGCAGUAAACAUCGAGGGCUUCACUUUUCACAGUAGUCCUCGAAGUUUAUCUUAUAACAGUGACCAUCCAGCACUGAUUGCACUGCAAGGACAACAACAUGGUGGUGUUGGCUUGUACAGUGCAGACAACUUGGCCUCUAAUAUUAUCCAAAUGCCACCAUUCAAUUUAGAAUGUAUAGUUUAUAAUUGGCUAGAAUAUAAUCUAUUAGUAGCAGUUAUUUAUCGGCCACCGUCAUAUCCCAUGUCUCUGUUUAAAGAACACUUAGGGAAAUUACUUGAUUGGCUACAUCCUAAAAGUAACAAUAUUGCAGUCAUGGGAGAUUUUAAUGACGAUCUCUUGAAAUCAUCAAGUCUCUGCAAACUUCUAACAGACAAAGGGUUUGUUCAGUUAGUAACGCAGGCGACAACAGAGCAAGGGACGUUGAUAGAUCAUGUUUAUGUGAAUACAUCAGAUUAUGAAGUUGAGUGUGAGGUUGUGCCUGCGUAUUUUAGUGAUCAUGAGGCGAUUGUUUGCGGUUUUAAAUGUAUAAAUGUAUAA